GUGCUGAAGGGGGUCCUGUGGACUGCCUUCCGACCAGUGGGGGGUUGUGAGGAGGAGGGCGAGCGAUGACGCGCGGCCCUCACGUGACCUGGAGCUGCAGAGCGACGCAGCCUUGGGUGCAGUCGUCACUCGAGUCUGGCCACCAGCUCCCCGCUGCCCUGCGCGCGGCGGGCUGGCAUUGGGCCCGGGGCGAGCUGAUCAGUUCGGUGUGGCACUGUUUGUGGUGAGGCGAGGGAAAAACGGAGACGGAGACAAGAGCACUGCCCAGGAUCUAUGGAGGGCUUUUCAUGUUUGAAGUAGGGCUUUUUACUCCUGGAAGCAAGGGAAGGAGGGGGAGACUGUUUUGGAACUAUGGAGGUUGGUCUGAAGAUCCUCCUGCAUGUCUGCUUCAGAGUCUGAGAUCAUUGGAAGCAAGGAAGCAAAGAGGAAAUUAUCUGUGAUCAGUAUAACUGGUCUAAAGGUCUCCUGACUCUAUGUACCUUUAGGAUGUUUCACCAAGCAAAAGAAGGAUAGAAGAGGGAACUUCCUUCGUUUAUUCCAGGUCUACUUCCAGUGGCAGCUCUCCUGACCUUUAAGUGGUUAAACACCAUUGUCCAGUCACACCACCCUCUUUCCUAGCCCGAGUGAGCCCUCCUAUACAUUGUGUGCCUUCAGCAGGGGUGAUUACAUGGGCCGUGUUCAGGACGUGGGCUGGGCGACUGCAGGACUGGUAAUCUGGGCUGGUACCUGUUACUGCAUUUACAGAUUAACCAAGGGAAGAUCUCAGAGUGUGAGCAGAUUUGCCAGAAAUGGGUCCAGAAUCGAGACGGAGACUGUGGUUGGGGAAGAGAACCAGACCGUGGCCACAGGCGAAGUCAUGGCUGGAGCAGAGACUGAGACUAGAGCCAUGACUGAACCAGAACCUGGAGAAGGAGGUGAGCCUGUGGCUGAAGUAGACACCAAGGUCCCUUUUCUAGAUAGACCCAAUAUCCAUUCUCAGGCUGAGACAAUGCUUGGGGAAGAGAUAGAGACUCAUUCUGAGACCAGUUUAUUGGUGGAAACGAUGGUCAUGACAGAUGCAGUGACUUUCACUGAAGCCACAGCCCAAGCCAAGGAAGUAACCAUGAAAGAGGCAGUUACACAAACUGAUGUUGAGGCUGAGGAAGUAGGCAAGAAAGAGGCAGUGACUCAGACCAAAUCUAAAGCUUGGGCAAUGGCUGACAGGUCAGAGGUCAAGAAAGAAGCAAUGACCCAGACCAAAGCAGAAGCUCCUCCAUUGGCUGAAAAAGAGACAGAGAUUAACAGAGUAACAGUGACACAGAGUGAGGUCUUGGCAGUUACCAAGGAAGUAGUCAAGAUUGGAACCAUGAAUGAGACUGGAAUUAUGGCAGAAGCCACGAUAAGAGCACUGGAAGAGACUGUGUGUGUGACUAGGACUCAAUCUGAGACUAGGCUUGAUGUCACAGUUGAUAUUAAUGAAAAUCCCAGUGAUAUGCCCCUCAUAGUGGCUGGAGUGGACGUGAGAUCCUAUGCACAGUCUCAGGCUGUGACCAUAAUCCAAAGUGAUGAUGUGAUCGGUGAUGAGGUUGACGAUCAGGGGAAUCUCAAAAACACAUCUAAGGCAGGGUCUGCAGUAGACAGAGACACUUCUGCUCAGCCUCAUAUUGUUGCCAACAUUCUGGCUGAAGCCAUGCCAGGGGCAAAGGAUGAUGCUUGUGAUAACACAAAAGACAUUUGGGAAGCAGAGGCAGAUAUGAGAACUUGUAUAAUACAACCUGAGAUUGUGACCAUGAUACAGGCUGAGGCAAUGUCUGGUGCCACGACUGAUGAUGGGGAAGAUGCCAGUGAUGUAUCUAAGGCAAUGACUGGUGAUGACAUAACUGAUACUGAUCCUCAAGCGGUAACCAGUGACCAGACUGAAGCUAUGCCUGAUGCCAAUGUUAAUGGUAAAGGUAAUGCCAGUGCCAUGGCUAAAGCAGGGGACAAAGCAAACACAAACACCCAUUUGCAGACUGAUGCCUUGCCUGAUGCUGAGGAUAAAAACAGAAGUGAUACCAAUGACAUGGAUAAGGCAGAGGCUAGUGUAGACGUGGCUUUCUGUACCCAGCCAGAGCCUGUGGCCAAUGUCCAGGGUGAUGACUUGCCUGAUGGCAAAAUCAAGGCUAAGGACAAUGCCAAUACCAUAUCUAAGGAAGGAGCUCAGACUAUGGCCCAGAACCAGGGUGAAGCCUUACCUAAUACUAAAGGUAAGGCUAGAGGCAAAGCCAAAGGCAAGUGUAAGGCAGGAGCUGCGACAGAUGUGAAAACAUGUGCACAACCUCAAGGUGGAAUCAAAACCCAAGCUGAUGCCUCGUCUGAUUCCAAGGUUGAGAGCAAAAGUGACUCUAAUGCUGUUUCUAAAGCAGCGGCAAAGGCAGACCAGAAAGCCUGUGCUCAGCCACAGCCUGUGGUCAAUUGCCAGAAUGAGACCUCGCCUGCUACUAAGAAUAAGGUCAAGGGCAAUCCAAAUCCUAUGCCUAAAGCAGAGGCUGCAACAGCUACAGCAGGCUCUGCCCAGACCAAUGUUGUGACCAGUUCCCAGGGUGAGACCACACCUGGUACCAAGAAUAAGGUCAAGGGUAAUCGUAAUUCUGUGCCUAAAGCAGGGGCUGGGCCAGAUACUACGGGUUCUGCCCAGACCCAGACUGUAGCCAAUUCCCACAGUGAGGCUUUACCUGGUGCCAAGAAUAAGGUUAAGAGCAAUCCCAAUGUUGUGCCUAAGGCAGAGGCUGGGGUGGGUGCCUGUACCCAGUCUGUGGCCAUUUCCCAGGGUACUUCCUUGACUGGUACCAAGGCUAAGGUCAAGGGCAAUUCUAGUGCUGUGUCUAAACCAGAUGCUGGGGCAGGUACAACGGGCUCUGCCAAGGCUGUGGCUAAUUCCCAGGGCGAAUUACCUGGUUCCAAGAGUAAGGUUAAGGGUAAUUCCAAUGCGGUGCCUAAGGCAGAUGCUGGGACAACUUCAACAGACACUGUUCAGCCCCAGGCUGAGGCCUUGCUUGGUGCCAGAAAUAAGGUCAAGGGCAAUUCCAGUUCUAUGCCUAAAGCAGAGUCUGGGGCAAGUACGAUACUGGCUUUGGCUUCUUCCCAGGCUGAGGCCUUGCUUGGUGCCAGAAAUAAGGUCAGGGGCAAUUCCAACACUGUGCCUAAAGCAGAGGCUGGGUCAGGUGCAAGGGGCUCUGCCCAGACCCAGGCUGUGGUCAGUUCCCAGAAUGAGACUUUGCUUGGUGCCAGGAAUAAGAUUAGGGCCAAUGCUAGUACUAAAUCAGGUGCCAAAACAGGUACAAGGAGCUCUGUUCAGCCCCAGGCUGUGGUCAGUUCCCAGAAUGAAGCUUUGCUUGGGGCAAGGGAUAUGGGUCUGUCCAGCUCACAGGUAGAAGCCACUGUAGACAAUAGGAUGUAUGCAAGGCCGGUGGCAGGUGCUGUGCCCACUUCGGAAAUUGUGAGUGGGGUAGGUGCUCAGCCUAACAUGCACGAUUAUUACUGGAAUGGGAUUGGUGUUGAGGACUGGAUUGCUGCUGAGCGGUGGAUCAAAUUUAGGUUUCAGACCAUAGAUGGAGACUGGGAGAACAGUGUAUCCUGGGCUGAGGAUGAGAAUGGAGCCAGUGUUGGGCCCUGGAGUGGGGCCAAUGAUAAGACUGGCAUUGUUAGUUCCUGGGCUGUGGCUUGUGAUGAAUCUAGCAUUAAGUCCUGGACUGGGGCUAGGACUGAGAAUGAGGUGGCUCUUGGAUCCUGGGUAGGUGCUGGUGACCAGGCCAGUGGAGCACUCUGGGCAGGAGCUCAGGCUACUGAGGGGACCUGGGUUGGGGACAAGGCCAGUGGAGCUUCCUGGACUGGAGCUGAAAACCAGAUCAGUGCAGGUUCUUGGGUUGUCUCUGGAAACCAGGCCAUUGCAGGGCCCUGGGCUGUGAGUCAAGUCAGUGAUGGGUCGUGGCCUGCAGUCCAGGCCAGUGGAGUGUCCUGGGUUGUGGACCAGGCUACUGGGACCUGGACUGUGGCUGAUAACCAGGCUGGUGCAGUGUCUUGGGCUGGAGCUGGCAACAUUGUUAGUAUUGGAUACUGGACUGGGGCUGUGGACCAGACCAAUGCAGUUGCCUGGACAGGAACUGGUGAUCAGGCUGUUGGUGAAGCCAAGCCAAGGUUUGAAGAUCAGGCCAGUGAAAAAGGGACCUGGGCUGGAGCUGCUGUCCAGACCAGUGGAGAGUCCAGCGGAAGGGCUUGGCCUGAGACUGCAGACCAAGCCAGUGCAGCAUCCAGGCUUGGGACUGUAGAUCCAUCUGGUGGUGCAUCCUGGCCUGGCACUGGGGACCAGGCUGGUGGAGUAGCUACAUCAGGCUCUGCAGACCAGUCCAGCAGUGGGUCUUGGGCUGGCACUAGGAAUCUGGCUGGGGAAAGAUCCUGGACUGGGACAGGUGACCAGUCUGAUGGUGGAUCUAAACCUGGUUUUGAGAAUCAGACAGGUAAUGAAGGGUCUUGGACUGGCACUAUUAGCCAGGCUAGUGGAGGGUCCAAGUCGGUGCCUGAGGAUCAGUCUGCUGGAAGAUCCUGGACAGAUUCUGGAGACCAGCUCAGUGGAGGGUUCUUGGUUGGGCCUUUGGACCAGGCCAAUGGAGAGUCUCAGCCUGGUUCUGGAGAUCUGGUUGCUAGUGGAGUAGAUCAUUCCAGUGGAGGAGGAUGCUGGGCUGGUUCUGGGGACCAGUCUGGUGGAGAAUCUAGGAUGGGGUCCAGGGACCAGUCUAAUGCAGAGUCUUGGCCUGGCACUGGAGAUCAGACCAGUGGAUGGUACUGUACUUACACAUCGAGUCAGGCCAUUGGAGGAGCCUCUUGGGUUGGGGCCAGUGCUCAGGAUGUUGGAGGGUCGAAGCCAGUGCAGGUGAAUCAGUCUAGUAGUGGGUCCUGGCUUGGAACUGGAACUCAGGUCAGUGGUGUGUCCUGGACUGGUGAUCAGGUUGGUGGCUGUCCUAAACCUGGAUUUGAGGAUCAGGCCAUUGGAGGAGGAUUCUGGGCUGGUGCUGGGGACCAGAGCACUGGAGGGUCCAGGCCAGCUGUGUCUGAGGAUCAGUCUAGUGGAGGAGUUUCUUGGGGUGGAGCUGGUGCUCAUGUCAUUGGAGGAUCUAGAACAUGUCCCACUGAUCAGUCCAGUGGUGGAUCCUGGGCUGGCAUUGGGAGUCAGGUCAGUGGAGGGUCCUGGGUUGGGACUGUGGAUCAGACUAGUGGUUGUUCUAAAUCUGGAUUUGAAGAUCAGGCAUGUGUGGGAGGCUCUUGGACUGGUACUGUGGAUCAGACUAGUGGAGAAUCCUGGCCUGGCUCUAGGGCUACUAAUGAAGCCAGUGGAGUAUCUAAGCUAGAUACUCAAGAGCAGACCAGUGGAAGAUUCCUUGUAAGUGCUGAGGUGGAGGCCAAUGAAGGAUUUUGGUUUGGGCCUGGGAGUGAGGCCUUUAUAGGGUCUUGGUGCUGGACAGAAGAGGCUACUAUUUUUCCUAUAGCUGAUAUGAAGGAUGAGGCCAGAGUUGAAUCCACCUCAGGCACUAGGGAAGAAACCAGUGUUAGUUCUGGAUUGGGGGAUGAAAAGAAGGCCAGAUCUGAGGAGACAGCCUUUGUAGGCACCUGUGUUGGAGGUGAGCCUGAGAGUGUGGCUGGAGCUGAGGCUGAAGUUGAGACAGAGGUUAAGGUUACAGCUGAAGCUGAGGCUGGAGCUGGGCCUGAGGCUGGAUCCGAGGCAAAGGUUGAGGCUGAGGUGGGUGCGGAGACUAGGGAAGAGGCUGGGGCAGCAGCUGCAGCUGAUUCUGAGACUGGAGCUGAGGCUGGUCCUAGAGUUGAGGCAGGGGCUGGGGCCGAAGCUGGAAUGGGGUUUUGGUCCUGGGAUGGAGAUGCAGCCACUAAAGGGUCCAGGCUUGGGGCUGGGGCUGAGGCUGAGGCUGAGGCUGAGGCUGGAGUUGUGGGAGGGGCUGAGGCUGAAGCUGAGACUGAGAAUAGCAUGGGAUUUUGGUUCUGGGAUGGAGAUGCAGCUACUAAAGGGUCUAAGCUUGGAGCUGAGGCUGGGGCUGAGGCUGGGAUUGGGACAGGAGCAGGGGCAGAGGCUGAAGCUGUGACUGAGACCAGCAUGGGAUUUUGGUUUUGGGAAGGAGACACAUCUGCUAAAGGGUCGAGGCUUGGGGCUGAGCCAGAGGCUGGAGCUGGAGCAGGGGCUGAGGCUGUGGCUGAACCUGUGGCUGAGACCAGCAUGGAAUUUUGGUCGUGGGAUGGAGAUGCAGCCACUAAAGGGUCUAGGAUUGGAGCUGAGGUUGAGGCUGGGGCUGGAGUUGUGGCUGAGGCUGGGGCUGAGACCAGAAUGGGGUUUUGGUUUUGGAAUGAAGACUCAACCAAUAAAGGGGCUGGGCUUGGGGCUGAGGCCGGGGCAGGAGUUGUUGCGGAGGGUGGGGCUGAAGCCAGGAUGGAGCUUUGGUCCUGGGAUGGAGAUGCAACCUCUAAAGGGUCUAGGCUUGGGGCUGAGGCUGAGACUAGCUUAGGGUCUUGGACUUUUUCUACAGAAGUAAAUGAUGAUGAUGAGGAGGAGCUAAGUAGAGAAUCCAGCCCUGGUAUUGAAGAGAUCAGUCUAAGAACCUUGUUUGGGGCUGAGAGUGAGGACAAUAAUGACCUCAGAUCUACAAAUGAAAAAGAAGCCAAUUCUGAAUCUGGGACUGGGGAUAAGGACAACACUAAAGAUAAGUUUGAUGCUGCUGAUGGAGUUGACAUCCGGUCUUGGUUCUGUAUUGGUAAUGAAAACAGAGGUGAGGAUGAGUCUACAUCUCAGGUGAAAGCCAAAAAGUCGAUUGAACCAAGAGGCAUAUAUCCAUCCAUGGUCCCUGGGGCAGGAAUGGGUGUAUGGGAUGGAACCAUAAUUUGUUCGGAGAGCAAGUUAUUACACCAAACCAGCUUUCCAGGUGAAGAUGGCUUCAGAAAGCAAUUCGGUACUGGAGAGAAGGUGCAUUGCUGCAACUGCCGCUGGAAACGUGACAUCAAUCUUGACCCUCAAGAUCUUGAAAAGCUCAUUUGCAUGAUUGAAAUGACUGAAGAUCCUUCUGUUCACGAAAUAGCCACGAAUGCUCUAUAUAACAGCGCUGAUUAUCCUUAUCCCCAGGAAAUUGAUAGGAAUGUAGGUGGGAUUUCAGUUAUCCAAAGCUUAUUGAGUAAUCCCUAUCCUACUGUCCGGCAGAAGGCUUUAAAUGCAUUGAAUAACAUCUCAGUUGCUGCUGAAAACCAUAGAAAGGUUAAGACAUAUUUAAGCCAAGUAUGUGAAGAUACUGUCACCUAUCCCUUAAAUUCAAAUGUACAAGUGGCUGGACUAAGAUUGAUAAGACACCUGACUAUUACUAGUGAGUAUCAGCAUAUGGUUACCAAUUAUAUUUCAGAAUUUCUCCGUUUGUUGGCUAUGGGAAGUGGAGAAACUAAAGACCAUGUUUUAGGAAUGCUUGUGAAUUUCUCUAAAAAUCCAUCCAUGACAAAAGACUUGCUCAUUGCCAAUGCACCAACAGCACUGAUUAACAUUUUCAGCAAGAAAGAGACAAAAGAGAAUAUCCUGAAUGCUCUUUUACUUUUUGAAAAUAUAAAUCAUCAUUUUAAAAAGAGAGCAAAAACAUAUCCCCAAGACAGGUUCAGUAAAAGUUCCCUUUAUUUCCUGUUUCAACGACCUAAAGCCUGUGCCAAGAAACUUAGAGCCUUAGCAGCAGAUUGUAGUGACCCAGAGGUGAAAGAAAGGGUUGAGGUAUUAAUAAAUAAGCUCUGAUUGGCUAUCUGUUCCCCCCAAAGCUUGAGUAUCAUUUUUGUUUUACACCUUUGACAUGAUGUACAUUGUAAAUUGUAUUAGAACUUUUAAACUAAUGUUGUCUAUGAGGGUCUAUAGCUGAACAAUUUUAUGAACACCAAAUGAAUUCAAACUUGUUCUGGUAAUACAUGUGUCAAUUUUUAUCUUGUCUGGAUUGAGAUAUUUUUAGUAUGCUUCAUGAGCAGAAACCAAACUGAUUCUUCAUAAGUAAGGUAAUCUUUGGUCCUUUGUGUGGACUUAUGUUUAUACAUUUGAGACUUUAUUUUUAUGUCAUCAAUAAAGUUGUGUGUUUUAAGAAGCAAAAAAAAAAAAAAAGAGAG